AUGUCGAAGAUAUUUGAACUCCCAGCGUCUGCGCGUCCUGCGGAAAAAGUCCCACUGAAGUAUGGGGUUGUCCUGUACCCCGGAUUCCAAGCGCUCGACGUUUUCGGACCGUUGGACGCUCUGAAUUCGUUGUCGCUGGCAUACCCUUUGCAACUCUACAUUAUCGCGGAGACGCUCAACCCCGUAUCGACCAAGCCACCCGACCAUCUAAACCCUGCAGGGUCAAAUUUUGCUCAAUCGAUCGUACCAACACACACCUUCGACUCUGUACCACCUAUUGACGUCCUCAUCGUCCCGGGAGGUGUCGGAAAUCGUGCCCCAGCAAACAUGGAUAGCGUCCUGGCAUAUAUCGCGAAGAUCUACCCAAGUCUGCAAUAUUUGAUCACCGUCUGCACUGGAUCGGGCCUGGCUGCGCGUGCGGGAGUGUUGGACGGGAAGAGGGCCACCACGAACAAACGCGCUUGGGCACGAACGGUUGACUUGCGAACCCAGGUGACCUGGAUCCCACACGCCCGAUGGGUGGUCGAUGGAAACAUCUGGACGUCAUCAGGGGUUAGCGCAGGGAUCGACAUCAUAUUCGCAUUUAUAGGCGAAACAUACGGGCGGGAGGUGGCACCGAUGAUUGCUGAUUUUCUCGAGUACGAGAGGCACACGGAUUCAACUUGGGACCCGUACGCAGAGAAGUAUGGCUUGUGA